AUCCGCUGAGUGACCCUUACAAGUCCUUCUUGAUCCUGAAGCGGAAUAGGUACCGCUGUUGCUGCUGGUGUUGAAUCCAGGGCAGUAGCCGGACAUGGGGCUGGAGGACGAGCGAAAAAUGCUGACCGGGUCCGGAGAUCCCAAGGAGGAGGAAGAGGAGGAGGAGGAAUUAGUGGAUCCCCUAACAACAGUGAGAGAGCAAUGCGAGCAGACGGAGAAAUGUGUAAAGGCUCGGGAGCGGCUAGAGCUCUGUGAUGAGCGUGUAUCCUCCAGGUCACAGACAGAGGAGGAUUGCACAGAGGAGCUCUUUGACUUCUUGCAUGCAAGGGACCACUGCGUGGCCCACAAACUCUUUAACAGCUUGAAAUAAAUGUGCAGACUCAUUCACCUCAGCCUUCAUCUCCUGGGCAUCGGGAUAUUUCCUUAUGGUUUUGAACAUGCCAUUUGUUUAUUUGCGUACUGUAAGUUCAUGUGAACCUCAUGGAUUUUGGCUUAGGCCAGUAGCUUCUAUGUAACAGGAGUGGUUCCAUCGUAAUAAAGUCCAGUGAUCUGCA